AUGUUCAGAUGCCAUUUAUUAGUGAGAGUGUGUAAAGCUUGUCAGAGUGGCUGGUUACCCAAAGAGUCCAAGGCAACCAACUGUUAUGUGUAUCAUGACGCUAAACCUCCUGAUCAGAAAACCUGGGAAGAAGCUCUAGAAGACUGCAGAGGAAAGGGUUCAGAUCUGGUUGUUGUACAUAAUGAAGAGGAAAAGAAAACACUCAAUGAAUACAGCGAGGGUAGUUCAGGAACUGUUGGAUACUGGUUUGGCCUGAGAGCUAAAGCUGGGAGAUGGAAGUGGAUUGAUGGAAGUAAUCUGACUGUAAGCUACUGGACACCACAACCUCCUCCUCCUGCUACUGAUGGUCAGUGUGUAAUGUCUGUCCAGACCAAUAAAUGGAUAUCAGUGAGCUGUGCUGAGAAACAAAGAUGGAUCUGCAAAAUGAAGGCUUUAUCUGUCUAAACACUGCAGUCAGACUCUGCAUGAUAAUAUCAACUGGCUUAUAAAUAUCAAACUGUAAACACAUCUACUACACAAUUUAAA